AUGCCCGAAGAAUAUCCCUUGGGGACCUACGACACCUGGGACGUCAAAGACUCGUCGACGCUACCCUGCAAUCGAUCAGAGCGGUCGUUGACCUCGGAAUACGAUGCGGGCGUACCAUUUUCGAUUUCCCUCGCUUCGACAUCGGUGCCAGACCAUGGGGGCCUAAUUUCCCCUCGAGUCGCUGACAGAGGUACCAAGAGGUCGCAUCUCACUUCGUGGCAGCUCGAGAUCACUGCCUCCAUUAUUUCAGUCCUGUCUCUGCUAGGGCUGAUCGUUCUAUUAAGUCAAUUUGACGGUCAUGAAUACCGACAGUGGGCAUGGAAGUUCACACUGAACGGAGUCGUCGCUAUCGUCUCAACGAUUUGUCACACGGCACUCAUGGUCCCAAUCGGCUCAGCCAUAUCUCAAAGUGCUUGGCUGUAUUAUUUUCCGGCCGACUCCGAAAAGGUCAAAGUCAGGGAUUUGGAGCAUUUCGAGACCUUCAACGAUGCUUCAAGAGGUGCAUUUGGCAGUGCGAAACUUCUCUGGCAAAUCCGGGCACGCAACAUGGUAGCCAUAGGAGCUAUUCUGACGAUUCUGGCAUUGGCCUUUGAUACGUUCACUCAGCAAGUUGUAUCGUUGGCAAACCGAUCCAUUACUACUGGUGAUCCUGUACUCUAUUCUGCUGGCGAGGUGCCUCGCAGCACCUUUGAAAACGGCUAUGACCAUGGGUCAACUUUGUCUAGUUACAUGCCGAACCUCAACACAAGAGCUGCGAUAUACAAUGGUAUUCUCGCUCAAGACAUUCAGCCAUUAGCUGUUCCUUGUUCGACAGGGAACUGUACGUGGCCCAUCGUCCCCUCCCUCGCUGUUUGUGGGGAAUGCUCGGCAUCUACGUUCAUAGUCUCAUGUAAUGCUACUUUCUGCAAUUACACCAUGCCUACUGGAACGAUCUUCUCAUCUCCAGUUGUCAGCAGAAUUGAGAACCCGCUGUUCCAGGUUACAACUCUGGACUCCGGAGGGUCGAAGUACAACUACAGUUCCUCCGACAGAGCCUAUGUUGGAGUCUUCGACGCUAUUGGUGCACCAUGGGGCGAGAACUACGCCGACAAUUCGAGCAUCACAGCCACGGAAUGUGGACUUUGGAUAUGCGUUCAAGCAUACAACAUUUCGUCCUCAAAAGGUGUCCAGACACAAAAGACCAUCGGAAAUUUCUCCACGUUGGCCCCAGAGGACACCUCCUCGCAAAAAAAGAGACAGGCGAUGGGGGUGCCCGACUCGUCCUCAUCUUCCUCGUCUUCAUCUUCCUCGUUUUCAUCUUCCUCGUCUUCAUCUUCCUCGUCUUCAUCUUCCUCGUCUUCAGUAACGACGAAUCGUACAUUUGCCGCUAUCCCAGCAAGCAUGAAUCCCAUGCCGAACGAAAGCUUCUCUGUUUACGGGCUCUCCCUCGUCUCCACCAGAAAUGGUCUCGGUGCGCUCGAAGGCACGAUACAAGGAGGUGUCGGCACGAAAUACUACUCGACGAAUUUCAUCGGGUCGAUCUGGAAUAACACCGCUGGCGGUGACCUCGAUCCAUGGGUCAAGCGACUCGCUCUCAGCAUGACCAAUAAUCUACGGACCAACCCCGGAUCGCCAUCCACGAACACCACUCGAUCCUUUUAUGCAGGAACGUCCUACCACAACCAGUUGUUCUUCAGAAUUCGCUGGGUGUGGCUCUCACUCCCUAUAUUUCUCGUUAUAGCCUCGCUGCUGUUCUUAAUCGGUAGUAUCGUGCGCUCUGCGAGAUCCGGCCUCGAGGUCUUCAAGGGUAGCCCGUUGGCGUUGCUGUUUAGUGAUAUUGACGGGAGUAUCAAAGAGAAGAUCGCUAAGGCGGGUUCACAAAAGAAAUCUGGAGCUAUGAUGGGGCUCACUGGGAAGACGAGGGUGGUUCUGAGGUCCGAGAAUGGGAAAUUGCUCUUCAAGCAGGCUUGA